GGGGCGCGCGCGCCCUCGCCCCGUCCCCGGGGCCCGCACUGUGUCCUCCGAGCCGGCAGGGGGCGCUGCGGCCGAACCCGCCGCUUCCCGGCGGCGCUUCCGGCCGCGCCUGCGCAGAGGGAAGAGCCGCGACCUGCCCGGCGGAGCCCGCCGUGUCCCCACGCGUUGUCCGUCCCUCCAGCCGUGCCCCACGCGUGCCCCCGCCAUGUUCACCUGUGCAAAGUUCGUCUCAGCUCCUGCCCUCGUGAGGAGGAGCUCGAGGGUGCUGGGCCAGCCCCUCUCGUCUGCCGUGUUGAGCAGCCCCGAGGCCCGGCCAGAGCAGGCGCAGGUGGGAGCCCCCCGGACCCUCCGGACGAGCGCUGCCCACCGGGACAUCGACACGGCCGCCAAGUUCAUCGGGGCCGGUGCUGCCACCGUGGGCGUGGCCGGGUCAGGCGCCGGCAUCGGCACAGUGUUCGGGAGCCUCAUCAUCGGCUAUGCCAGGAACCCGUCGCUCAAGCAGCAGCUCUUCUCCUACGCCAUCCUGGGCUUCGCCCUGUCUGAGGCCAUGGGGCUCUUCUGCCUCAUGGUGGCCUUCCUCAUCCUCUUCGCCAUGUGAUGGGGACACAGGGGGGUGGCGGGGGUGACGGUGAUGCCCCUCUGU